AUGUCUAAAAAUGAUUGGCAUUUCUCUGAAAAGGGAUCAAUUUGCAGACCCAUAAAAUCACUAGAAGAGCUUUUAUUCUGGGAUGAAGAUCAAAUUUUGUCAGAGGAAGCAACAACUGAUAUUAUUCCUAUUACCCCUGCACCAGAUGGUCUUGUCCGAAAAGUUAAAAGAGGAGUCAAGAAUAAGCUGAUUCUUUGCCACGAUAUGAAAGGUGGAUACAACGAUGACAUUUACCCGAAUGGUGAUGAUGGACUUAAAAUUCCGAGUGAGAUUUGGGAGCAGACAAGCAUGUUCAUCUACUUUUCGCAUAAUUUUAUAACCGUUCCAACUACUUCUUGGAUUGAAAAAUCUCACCAGAAUGGCGCUCUUUGUCUUGGAACCUUCAUAACAGAAUGGGAUGAGGGCAAAUUCCGAUGUUGUGCUGUGCUAAGAAAUUUUGAGCUCGCAGUCAAUCAAAUGCUCAAAUUGCAGCGAGUUUACGGCUUCGAUGGCUGGCUGAUAAAUAUUGAAAACGAAGUUCCUGAGCAACUCCUUCCAAAUUUAGUUGAGUUUCUGAGAUUACUAAAGGAGCGAUCACUCGUUAUUUGGUACGACGCUGUUACAUCGGAAGGCAAGCUUCAGUGGCAAGACCAUUUGAACGACAAAAAUGAAAUAUUCUUCGAGUACAGCGACGGUCUAUUUACUAAUUAUACGUGGACGGAGGAAAAAAUAAAGGCCGGAGAGGAGUUCUGUGAUCGAAAGAGCAUCCCUAAGGAGAAGGUCUACCACGGUGUUGAUGUUUUUGGAAGGAACACUUAUGGAGUAGCAAAAGCAAAGGAGCAUGGAUUCAAUUCUGCUAUGUUCGCUCCUGGAUGGCUCGUGGAGAAAAAUAUCUCCGAAGAGGAGCAAAGUUCUUUUUGGGACAAUAUCAAAAGUGCAAUAAGAAACUAA